CCCUCGGCUGCGGCUUCGCAUCUGUGUCCUGUUGCUGCCGCUCGGCUCGCGUCUGGUGAACGUUAAGUCGCUGGCUGAGCCUCCACGUUUGUUUGCGGACUGUUUUGUUUUCAGAGAGGACGUUUUCUCAUUUUAUCGCCUAGAAACUACAUCGGAGCUGCUGCUACGUUGCUCGUAACGCUGGGAGCUGUUCGUCGGUGAAAUGUCCAGGUCAGACUACCCUCCAGGGUACGAAGACUGCCAUGGUCCUCUGUAUCCACCUCAGGGAGGGAACUACCCAGCACCCCCUCCAUACGGCUUCCCUGGCUACAGUGGGCCCCAGCCAGGCCAGCCCUCUGCUCCCUACCCACCCGGUCCAAAUGCCCCUCUGUAUCCAGGUCAGCCAGGGGGCUACCCCUCCCCCGGCCCAUACCCCGGUCAGCCUUACCCUCCUGGACAUCCAGGAGCAGGCUACCCCAGCCCUCCCAUGCCGCCUGUCAUGCCACCUACCAUACCAACCGAUGUCAUGAGCUCAGGCGACGAUGAGUUUGCUGCGAGCGGCAGCGGCUGGGACAGUCUGAGCAUUCGUCAUGCCUUCAUCAGAAAGGUGUAUUUGAUUUUGGCAUCUCAGCUCCUCGUCACUACAGCCAUCGUGGCCAUAUUCACAUUCGUUGAACCAGUCAGGCUCUUCGUUCAGAGAAACCAAGCUGUGUACUGGGCUUCAUAUGCUGUGUACGCCGUCACCCACAUUGUGCUGGUCUGCUGUAAGGGCCCUCGGAGGAAGUUUCCAUGGAACAUCAUUCUGCUGUUCAUCUUUACACUGGCUCUGUCCUACAUGAGUGGGUGCAUAUCCAGUUUUUAUGACACAAAAGCGGUUUUUCUCGCUCUUGGUGUCACUGGCGUCGUCUGCGUCGCGGUCACCGUCUUUUGCUUCCAGACAAAGGUCGACUUCACCAAGUGCCAGGGCCUGUUCUGCGUCCUCGGCAUCGUGAUCUUUGUGCUUGGCAUCAUUACAGCCAUUGUUCUGUCCUUCAAAUAUAUUCCGUGGCUUCACAUGCUUUAUGCCGCAUUAGGAGCGAUAAUCUUCACUAUGUUCCUUGCGUACCACACACAGCUGCUGAUAGGGAACAGGAAGCACUCCAUCAGCCCCGAGGAGUACGUCUUUGCUGCUCUCUCCAUAUAUGUCGACAUUGUUCAGAUCUUCCUUUUCCUGCUGCAGAUUAUCGGUGCUUCAACAAAAUAAGUCUACAAAUGUACAUCUUGGGUUUAAAUAAGCUGCAAAUGUAUUCCAUCCUCUUUAGAACACCUAUGUAGGUAUUGGCCAGAAUACAUAGUCAUGAUAAACUCCAGGGAACAUUAGGGCUGAAUUCUGUCCUUUGUACAAACCAAAGUGCACUUUUCUCAAAUUUAUAUCUGUCUGCAUCUUCAGUAAACAGCUUGCCAGUGUUUAACAAGAAACAUACAUUCUGUAGAUGCUGAAAUGGCAUCUUCAACAUUUAUCCAUUCUUCUGGACAGGACAUUUUUUGGGUGUACUUAAGACUGAUGAAUUGCUAAUGCUGAUAUCCAAAUUUAAAUUUGCCAACAUGGAGAUCAAAACAUGGUUUGGCUUAGAAGAACAACAGGGGUGGGCAUCAGCAUAAAUGUUGCUUUCAUCUAGUAAAAUGGAAACAAUCCUGCAGCUAAUGUACUUUUAUGUUAGGGGCAGAAUGUGUCAUUGAUGGGGUGAGGCUAAAUAUUUAAAUUUAAUAAUCACCAUCGAAUAAUUAGGGAAAUGUAAUUUAUAUAUAUUUUUUGCUUUAAAGUUGGUUAUUUGAUUCUAACAAUUAAAAACACUACAGCCAAGAACCAGGAAUUUCUAGCACCUUAGCAGCGUAUUUCUGUCUUCAGUUAAAGCAGCAGUGGCCACUUCCCUGCUUCUCAUGGACUAAACAGACCUAAUGCACUUGAUGCCGUAAGUAGAGAAGGAAGGAGUGUGGUUCCCAGUACCAGAGCUAACCACUUCUUACAGAGAGAGAAAGAAGUGCUAGUGAAUAUUGUAUGGAUGUCUGUACUUAGACCAUACGGUUUAAUGGUGCUGCUUCAAAUAAUGUGCCAAAAACUGCAGUAGAAGGUAACAUUUGGCACUGAUGCUAAUGACACCAGGACAAAACCCAUAGUAGUAGUGAUACAGUACUUUAGAGCUUGACAUGCCCACCCCUGAAGAGGGUUUCAUGUUAGCAAGCCUUGGUUGAUAGUCCUUAAAACUGUUACUGCAUAAUUAAUAACUGUUACAUCACUAUAGUGCCUUGACAGCCUCAUUUUUUCUCAUCAAGCUUUUUGGAUUGAACUGUAUUGUUACCUAUUGUCUGUACCUUUCAGAUAUUGCUCAGCGCCAGCUGGGUGGGAUUUUCCUUACAGUAUAUCACAGUCAUUGUCAAUCUGAAAGUGUGUAGUGUUUGAGUUAAUGUUACAUGUUCCCAAAGUCACCUGACUUUAUCAACUCCAUAGUUACCUCCAUACUCCUAAUGCUCAGAACAAUAGUAGCCCCAAGUUAAAGUUACUGCACAUUUAACUCUUGACUUCAAAAAUUGCAGCCCCAGUUCUAGUGUUAAACAUAUUAUAAUAAUAUUGAUAGGUAGAUUAGUCUGGGGUAAGGCUGUGUAAAUGCACAUUUGUCUUUUCAAAAGUGUCUUUUGGCUUUUCAUAUAAAAUAAAGUACUUUUAUAUUUAAGUAUUGCA